GUUGCAUGUGGUGCGGGGGUGGCCACCUGCACAAAGAAUGUCCUGAGAAGCAGAACGCUGCCUCCACUCCAGCAUGCUGCAAUUGUGAAUUGAAAGAAGGAGAGAAGCCACAUCCCGCCAACUACCGGGGCUGCAGACACGCGAGGGAGGAACUGCAGAGGAGGAAAUCGCAGAGAGCACCCAAAACUACGACGGGAAGGGUGUUCUCCUCGAAUAUCGUUAGCCCUGGAGUCUCCUUCGCGGCAGCGCUCCGUGGCAGCACAUCGCAGGAGCAGCGACCUCAGACUCUCCAAGUUCCAGUGGCAGUCCCACCAAAAGCCACGAAACCGAGCAUCCCGGUCUUUGUACAGGAACCAAAAACAGGGAAAGAGCCCCCGGGACACAUCGUACAGAAGGCUGGGUGGACCUCAGGGCCAAUCUAGAUGCUGUGGAGAAAAGAAAACUCUUCCUCCUGCUGCGAAUUUUAAGGGCGCUUUCAAGGCUAUCCACCUUGUAGCCUAUUGCUAUACUGGCUAUUAC